AGCUGGUCAGUCCAAUAGGGCAACAAAUCUAAAAGGUGGCAGGCAAAAUUCUUAGGUCGGGCAAACGGGGAAACAGGGUCAGAACAGGCAAAUCAGAAUAUUUGGAAUACACUGGAGAGCUUGGUGAUGAAAAAGAUACACAUAAAUACAGGUGGUGCAUAUGCAGACAUUUAAUAGACAACAAAUAAAGUUCAAAGGGUAUGCAUGUCUUUUAUUAUUAAAGAAAGACUGUUAUCUUAUCAUUAAAGUAUAGGUUAUCUGAUUCCCUCUAGUGGCAGCAGCCAAUACUACAGCCAACCCGACUAAUACGAUGGGGUGUACAUGUAUGAAGGACAAACACACAAUAGAUUGAGCCAAAUGAUAUCAAUAUAAUAUACGUUGCAUGGAAAUAUAACCAGUCUUUAUGUCUCAUAAAUACUGUAUCCAUAUGAUCAGAAUAUGAUGAUGAUUUCCAUAUGGUGUGUAUGUGGUAAAUCCAGCAGGUGUCGCAAAUAACUCCCCACCGUAAGAAAUGAUUUUGUAUCACUUUAAAACACAUUUGUGUAACUUUCUGAAACUGAUGAUGUCAUCUUUCGAAGUAUAAUGUCAAAUGCCCCCCCCCCCUCCCCCCUCCCUCAUUAGAAUCAUUGCAGAACAAUGGAUGCAUGUUGGCAUUAGAGGGAUGGCCAUGUCUUGCCAUGUUUUACAAUUAGGCUGCUGGUCCCUUGAUGAAACAUAUAUGCUGGGAACGAGUUUCCCGCCACGCGCAGGUUCGAAUCCCGCGGAAGAUGCCAAUUAUGUUGUGGCCAAUGAAGAUGGAGAGACAUGAAUCAGAUAUCUGGCAACCAGCGGGGAGUCGUUUACUUACUCGCUCAAGAACACACUUAUUCUUACAACGUUCCCUCCAGAGGAGACUCCAAAGGUCUGAAUGAUAUUCCUCCCUUCACGUCACAUUUAAAACCAAUACGAUUUGAGCAAGUCGACCACUGUCCUCGCUCAGGUCAAUCUGACAUUCAUUUACAGUCUACCUAUUAUUUUACAGUCUGUGCAUGUGCAAGGCUCAGAAGGGCACACACACGUUUUCUAAAAAAAUAACAGAAAAAGGUGUUCUUAAAAAUAAAAUAAAAGGAAAUCAAUCUUAUUUUUAACGCGAGACACCCGCCUCAUUUCUUGCAGCGUGCGCUCCGCUCCGCCUUCUCAGCUGUCUCCGGCGCUGCGCUUUAAAUAGCGGCUGUUUAAAAGCGCCCCACCAUUCUCCCCCGUCUGCUGUGCAGCUCUCAGUCUCUCCCUCGGCACAGCGGUGUAAACCCACUCAGUCACACACACACACACACACACACACACACACACACACACACACACACACACACACACUUCUUCAAGAAGAAGCCCAAACAUGUCGGCCGCCAGCACCGAGACCAGCGCCCCGCUGCCAACCGUCGGCAGCCGCGUCUUCUUCCAAGGUGCGCCCGGAGUUGGCUGCGUGCAGGGGUCCGGCCCCAUCUCCACCGGGGACGACCCGGUCCAGAGGAAACAGGGCAAAGUGACCGUCAAGUACGACAGGAAGGAGCUGCGGAAGAGACUGGUCCUGGAGGAGUGGAUCAUCGAGCAGCUCAGCGAGUUGUAUGACUGCGAGGAGGAGGAGAUGCCAGAGGUAGAGAUCGACAUCGAUGACCUGUUGGAGGUCACCAGUGACGAUGAACGAGCCAUCAAACUACAGGAAUCAUUAAUAGACUGCUACAAACCAACAGAGAUCUUCGUCCGUGAUCUGCUGGGCAGGAUAAGAGGAAUGAGGAAACUCAGUGCGCCAUCUAAGAAGGGCCUAUAAUGACGUUAGCCCUCAGCCAUAACCUACGUCAUCGCAGCUACACCUACUCAACUCAUUCAACAUGGACCGUCAUCACACAGAGUAGCUUAUUCAAAACAGCAUUAGUAACCAUUUUGCAACCUGCAAACAGGCACCACACACUCCAAGCAUACAGCACUAGUCAUCCAUUUCCCAAUCACGUAGAAUAACCAGCUGUAUUUAUUAGAUUUGACUGUUGAAAAUUACAGGAGGAAUACUACCUAAUUCCACAUUUCAGAGCCAUGUUACAAGCUGAUGCUGUAAUCCAAACAGCCAUAAUGACGAACACACCAACAGGAAGGGAGGUAGUGAAACAAUGUUUGUACUGCAGUAAGUGUGAAAUUAGCCGUAGCACUAUGUAAACUCAGUGCUACGGGAUUUUAUCUUUUUUUUACUGGAGGUGUUUUGCCGUUCCUUCUUUUAAAAAUGUACCGUACGUUGCCAUUUAUUGUUCACGUAAUUGAAAUGUGGUCUUCAACAGUGUUUGUCCUACUUUAAAGCCCCCCUGCUUAACCCUACCGCGUCAGUGCUGGCAAAUAUAAAAGGGAGCUCUGUAGUUGUAUUUGAAGCACAAGGCGUUGAACACAUCAAUGUUGCCCUUUUGUGAUGUGUAAACUCUGAGAGGGACAUUCUAUCAUGCCAGGCUAAAAUAGUGUGAAUAUUUGAGCUUUGUACCCACUGUUUUAGGAUACUUCACCACAGCGAGGCAUGAUGGGUGUUGCAGUUUUCUGCGUGAGACUACAAAACCUGUAUGAUUGGCAGCCUUUCAUUGUUAAUGUUAUGCGGUGUUGUCCAUUGUUCUCCCUCAUCAGAACACACAUCGGUUGGUCGUGUAGGUUUAAGCACAAGGCCCAUACAUUGGAGCUGCUCGGCACACUCCGGUCCGCUUAACUCUGCUGGCCUUUGAAGGACGUUCAGGAUCAGUUCCCUUUCUUCUCAGCACUGAACCUCAACGACUGACAACCUUCAAAGGCAGAUAUGGUUGAGUCAGAACCUGAAGACGACUUGAAACCGUGACACUUAAAACCGGUCAGGUUCUGGAAGGGAAGUUGUGCCAACACUGGGAGUAUUACAUCUUAAAUGUCAUCUCCACAGAUUGUCAAAUUUGGCAGAAUUUGAAAGAUGUUUGAAAGUUUUCCAGGUUGCAGAUAAUAUGUUGUUGUCGUUGCUUAAGCCCGGGUUUAAGAAAGGGAUUUAGACGAUUAUUGUUCUCUUUGUGCACCGUCACACACAUAAACCUGCACGCUCUGGUACAACCAUGACUGCUAUGGGGUUGUGCCCAGUUUCACUUCCAAGCAGUCAAUCGUGUACCGACCGGAACGGAGCAGUCUUAAAUCUGCCAUGUGAUAUACCCUCAGCAGGGCAAUGUUUCAUUUGAACAGAACUCUUGAAAAGCACCCGUCUUGCAUGCCAACGACGGAGAGAAAAGAACACCGAUAAAGAGUAGAGAUAUUAUGAACUUAUAAUCAAGCAAAAAAAAUAGUUUUUUGGACUUAGCUACCAUGUCUGACUUUGUAGAACCUUUUUUGUUGUUGAAACAACGUGACGGUCACGUUGGAGAGUACCCAGGAUUUUUUUUAGAUGGUGCUGUUUUUGAUGUUCUUCCCAGGUUGUUGUUGUAUAAAACACAUAGUCGCUGUUGAAUUGAUGCCAGAGAAAUGUGUCUGAUGAACCGUGUCUGUCUUUAUCGACGGGCGGCACGUAAUCUUAGGAGACGUCCUCUUUGCAUUUCCUUUCCCCGAGUCUAGACUGGGCACACAAACGGUUGAUUUGGUUGAACAAGAUUGUGUGUUUUCUGGAUCAGUGGAUAGGAAGGAAAAGUUGAAGAGGAAGCCACUAUAGGCAAAUGAGAUGCAUCCAGGGCUCACAAGGUAAUCUGUAGGAUUUUCUCUGUCAAGAAACUGUUCAGGGGCAAUAGGCUGAUAUUUCAUAAGUUAUGGGAUGUGGAGAGUAUUUCGAAAGUGUCCAUACUAGAGAGCUUUACGUUUGCAUGCAUUUUUAAAGUCGCAUGUUGAGGGCAACAUUUUGUUGGCCCAAAGCUUUUUAUUUCACAAAAUGAAACACUUUCCUUUUUAUACCUUUUAUUAUUAUAAUUAUUAAGACUAAAAUAUUCAGUUUUUGCAGCUACAGUUUAGUUUUCUCUACAUCCACAAUAAGCGUUCUUGUUUUUAAAAUGUAAUGUGGUGUGUGGUUUGUUUUUGCUGAUAAUAAAAAUGCAGAACGACUCUGUACUGUUUAAACAGA